AUGUCUCUUGUUCAUUGUUACAAUAAAGGUUGUGGACAAAAGUUUGAUCCAGGUAACAACGGGGAAGGUAAGUAAAUGUUUUUUCAUUUAAAAUUAUAUUAUUUAUGCUGCAAGUAUUGUUCUUACUUUCUGAAAGUUGGGAGAAUGUUCUUUUUUGAUAAAAAACGUCUGAAAAUGGUUCAGUUUUUUAGGUUCAUGUCGUUAUCAUCCUAAAGCACCUUAUUUCCAUGACGCACAAAAGAUCUGGCAGUGUUGUGACAAGAAAUCGACUGAUUUUGGUACCUUUUUGAGCAUUCCCGGCUGUACAACUGGUAAACAUAGUAAUCAAAAGCCAGAUGACAUUGUAAGGCUGUCUGCUCAGAAGGAAAUACGGCCAGAAAAGGAAGAUGAAGUUAUUGUAUGGAAUGGUCUCAACAAACCAGCAGCCCGACCAGCUGGGGACAAUCAGGAGGUGCGGGAAUCGAAAGUUUUACCUAAAACUGUGACUGAAGGAUUGAAAGCGGCCAUUAAGAAGUUCCAGGAGGAAACGGCUGAAGCUGCUACGGAUGAACUUAAAAUUGGAACUAAAUGUGCUAACAACGGAUGCGAAUCUGUAAGUUUUUUUUAUUUGUUUUCGUGUUUUAGAUCCGUUGACUCGUAAGAUGAUAAACAUUAAACAAGAACUUUUAUAGACUUACAACGGCCCCGACUCUCUAACCUCUGAAGAUUGUCAACAUCAUCCCGGUCAGCCAAUAUUCCACGAAGGAAUGAAGUCCUACGAUUGUUGUAAAAGGAAGACCAGUAACUUCUCCGCUUUCCUUGAACAAAAAGGAUGUUCUCGUGGGUUUCACAACUUUAAAAAGGUGUGUUUAACGUGUUUAUAGUUUUUUUAGAGAAUUUUUGAAUUUCAGAAAUGUUUUAUAUUUAUAAUGUUUUAACAAAUAAACUUCAGGCCAGUGAACGCGUCGAUCGUGUGAAGGAAGACUGGUUCUGCCGUGGUGGAGAAGUUCACUUCAAUGUCUACUGCCGAGGCUCCAUCCCAGAAGACUGUACCUUUGAAACUGAUGGUUACAAGUUGAAAUGCUCAAUCUCUCAUGCCUUUGGCUCAAAUAAGACUGAGAUUGAACUAGAUCUUUUUGGAAAAGUGGUCCCGGAAGAGUCUUCUGUUCUGAUUGCCGAGAGGAAGGUGGAAGUUAUUCUAAAACAAGCUGACAAUCUGAGCUGGCCCGAGCUGAGGUACAUUCCCGACCUGGUUAAGGAAACCGAAACUCUGAGUGUUUGA